AAGCCUACAAAAGUCCACAGUCCAAUGAGUACCUUAAUUUGGCUUCAUAUCUGACAUCUGAGUUGAAUCAAGGAUUCAAAAGAAUAUAUCCUGUAAUCUUCCUCAGAUGCAUCAUCAUCAGUUUCUGGUCUGGUUCUGUGGGUGUGACAACUAACUUGAUCUUCACAAGCCAGUCUGUGGUCCCUAACGUUAAUAAUGUAGAGGACUCCCUCAAGACGUCCAUCAACACGUUCACAGUCUUCUUCGAUAUUAUUCCUGGCAGUAUCAAAGCUGAACUCCAGCAAAGCACGACUGCUACUACGCCUACCAACACAAUGACAGCUAAUCCCACAAUUGCCACAGCUUACUACACAACAACCACAGCGGCUUCUACAACAACCCCAUCCAUGGCAACAACAACAACAACUACAGCCACACCAAUGACAUCUACAGCUGUGGCUCUGGAAAGUACAGCUGUGGCUACAACAAUCACAGCUGCAAUCGAAACAACCACAUCUGCAUCAAUGACAACCACAGCCGUAGCUCCAAAAACCAUAGCCACAGCUCCAACAACCACAGUUGCCCCCACAACAACCCCAGCUGCUCCCACAACAACCACAGAUGCACCCACAACAACCUCAUAUUUAAUAACAACAACUACAGCAUUUCCAACAACCACAACAACCACAGCUGACCCAACAACAACCACAGCUUUCCCCACGACAACCACAGUUGCUGCUACUUCAACAACAGCUUUGGAUACAAAAACAACCAUUUCUCCAUCAAAAACCUCACCUUCUGCAAGAACAACCAAAGUGAUUCACACAACAACCGAAUCCCUGCCCACAACAACCACAUCGCUGCCCACAACAACCGCAGCUCCAGCUACAACAUCUGAAGACCUUCCCACAACAACUGAACCACUGCCCACAACAACCACAGUGAAUCCAACAAAAAACACAUCUGCUCCCACCACUACAGCAGCUCCCACAACCAUAAUAGCUUCCAUUACUACAAGCACAGCUUCCCCCAAAACAAACACAGCAACAUUAAUGACAUCUACAGCAGCAACUACGACAAGUGCAGCUGUAGCUACAACCACCACAGAUGAACCCACACCAACCACAGCUGCCAAAACAUCAACAACCAUAGCUACAGCAACAACACCCAAAACCUUGCCCACAUCAACCACAGCUGAUGAUACAACAACAACAACAACCACAGCGACAGUAACAACACCCACAGCCUUGCCCACAUCAACUACAGAUACUCCUACUACAAACACAGCUUCUCCCACAACAACCACAUCUGCACCAACCACAACCACAACAUCUCCAAUAACAUCUACAGUGGAGGCUUCAACAACUACAGCUGAGGAAACAACAACCACAGUUGCACCAACAACCACAGCUUCUUCCACAACAACCACAUCUGCCACAACCAUAAUAGCUUCCAUUACUACAAGCACAGCUUGCUCCAAAACAACCACAGCGACAUUAAUGACAUAUACAGCAGCAGCUACAACGACUACAGAUGCAGCCACAAAUACAACAACAUCCGAAGACCUUCCCACAACAACUGAACCCCUGCCCACAACAACCACAGCUCCUGCUACAACACCCAAAGACCUUCCCACAACAACUGAACCCCUGCCCACAACAACCACAGCUCCUGCUACGACAUCCGAAGACCUUCCCACAACAACUGGACCCCUCUCCUGCUACAACAUCCGAAGACCUUCCCACAACAACUGCACCCCUGCCCACAACAACCACAGCUCCUUCUACAACAUCCGAAGACCUUCCCACAACAACUGCACCCCUGCCCACAACAACCACAGCUCCUUCUACAACAUCCGAAGACCUUCCCACAACAACUGA